AUGUCUCGUCGCGAUGGAGGCACCGCCGAUUCUUCUUCGUCGGGACAUCCACCUCCUCCGUCAUAUGCUUUUGCAUCUGUCACCCCUGCUCCAUCUGUCGUAGCGCUGGCAGUUGGUCUGUCUAUUGCUGCACCGGUUGUUCAUCCAUCUUUAGCAGCACCGGUUGUUCGUCCAUCACUAAUAGCGCCGGUUGUUGGUGCGUCUCUAGUAGCGGCGAUUAAGAUUCCUAACCGGCCUGAAUACGGUCAGUUGGGAAGAAAAAUUCAAGUUCGUGUUAAUCAUUUUCAGUUGCAAGUUGCUAAUAAUUCUAUACACCAUUAUAAGGUAUCUUUUUCGCAAAAGAUUAUUUCAAAAGAAUUGUGCAAAAAUAUUAUCAACCAGUUAGUCAAAAUGUACCGGGAAUCUCGUUUAGACAACCGCAUACUUGCUUACGAUGGAAGAAAUAACUUGUUUACUGCUGGACCGCUACCUUUUACCUCCGAGGUUUUUGUGGUUAACUUGACCGAUGAAAAUAGAGGAUCCUCUUCUGAUUCUGAUAGGAAAAAGCGUGACCGGAAGUUUAAGGUUACUAUAGAGUUCGUUUCCAAGACGGAUCUCUACAGCCUUACUCAGUUUCUCCGAGGAAUGCCGCUGGACAGUCCUUUCGAAACCAUUAAAGUUCUUGUCAUUGCUUUGAAGGCAACUUCAUAUGAAAAAUAUAUUGCGGCUGGGAGCUAUUAUAGAGGUUUUCAUCAAAGCAUUAGGCCAACCCAAAUGGGACUUUCCUUAAACAUAGAUGUAACUUCAGGGUCUUUUUAUGAACCAAUUCUGGUCAGUGAGUUUGUUUCCAAAUUUUUUAAUUUGGAUUUGUCAGCGCCAAUGUCACUGUCUGAUGAAGAUCGAGUAACGAUUGAGAAAGUUUUGAAAGGUGUAAAGGUAAAAAUAUGUUUUGGUGAGAAAACAAGGAGGUGCAAGGUGACCAGUCUCUCAAGAGAGCCACUUCGGGACCUAACGUUUAUCCGGGAAGUCAGUAGGUGUACCAGAAAUGUCAUUGAAUAUUUAGUUGAGAAAUACGAUAUUCGAGUAACUCAACCUCUUCUUCCCGCUCUCCAAGUUGGAACGGACUUGAGACCCACAUAUUUCCCAAUGGAGCUAUGUCAAAUUGAGGAUGGACAGAUAUACUCCCAAAUAUCAAAUGAAAACCAAGUAGCCUCUUUUUUAAGAGCUUCUUUGCAGAGUCCUGGUCAUGUACAAAGACUAAAUGAUAUUAAAGAAUUUGUGAAGCGUACCGAUUUCAACUCAAACAACGUUACGAAAGAAGCGGGUUUAAAUGUUAUAAAGGAGCCAAUCAUUGUUGAUGCGCGCAUUUUAUCUCCUCCAACGCUUAAAUUUAAUGGAAUUGGGGAGAACUCAAUAGUUUACCCUAGUAUGGGUCAGUGGAGUUUGAUUAAUAAGAGAUUCUAUGAAGCUGGCAAUGUGAAACAUUGGAGUUGUAUUUCCUUUUCUGAUAAAGUGAACCCUACUACUUUUUGUUUCAAAUUGAUUGAAAUGUGUGAAAGCAAGGGAAUGACUUUCAACCGAAAGCCUAUAGUACCAAUAACCAUGGUGAACUCAAGUCAAUUUGAGAGUCAGCUUGUUGAAUUUGACAAAAAUUGUAAGGAAACACUUGCUAAAACAAAGCAGGUGGGACAACUACAAUUGUUGAUUGUAGUCUUGCCGGAUUUUACGGGAUCAUCAUAUGAUAGAGUGAAGCGUGUAUGUGAGACUGAAUUAGGUAUAAUUUCUCAAUGCUGUCAACCGCAAAAAGCCGCCCGGAUGAAUCCAAAAUAUCUUGAAAGUUUGGCGUUAAAGAUCAACCUCAAGUCAGGAGGUCGUAACAUGGUGUUGAAUGAUGCAUUGAGUUUAGAUAAAAGAAUUGAUCUUGUAACGGAUAAACGAACAAUAAUAUUUGGUGCUGAUGUAACUCACUAUCAUCAGGGAGAAAAUUCAUGUCCUUCUAUAGCUGCAGUGGUUGCCUCGAUGGAUUGGCCUUGUGUCACAAAAUAUAGGGGUACUGUUUCUGCCCAGGCUUCUCGCACGGAGAUAAUUGAAGAUCUUUUUAAAAGAACAGAGCAUCCUUCUUCGGAGGGAGUUCAGUUUGGUGGAAUGAUAAGGGAGUCACUCUUAGCUUUCCAAAAAUCAACUGCUCGUAUGCCUGAUAGGAUUAUAUUUUACAGAGACGGAGUAGGUGAGAGACAGUUCAAUGAGGUUUUGCUUAAUGAAAUGGGGGCAAUUAAGAUGGCUUGUAAAUCAAUAGGUGAUACGUAUCGACCUACCAUUACUUUUGUAGUGGUCAUAAAGAGACAUCACACUCGUCUCUUUCCUGUCACCAACAAAGAAACUAGUGGAAAAAGUGGAAAUGUUAUGCCAGGAACUGUGGUCGACACCAGCAUUUGCCACCCCAGGGAUUUUGAUUUUUAUCUCAACAGCCAUGCUGGAAUUCGGGGUACUAGUAAACCCACUCGUUAUUAUGUGCUGUAUGAUGAAAAUAAUUUCACUAUAGAUGAGUUUCAGACCUUGACCAACAACUUAUGCUACACUUAUGCGAGGUGUAAUAGAUCACUUUCUAUAGUUCCUCCGGUUUAUUAUGCACACUUGCUAGCUUUCCGUGCUAGAUCCUACAUCAGUGCAGUUGGUAACAGGAAUACAACCAACUCUGUGUCGACUCUGCCACCUAUCUCAGAUGAAAUAAAAAACUUUAUGUUUUACUGUUAAUCUUGGUUUGUCGUACAAGCUUCUGGGAUAGAUUUGGAAGUUCAGAUACUAGCCAGCUUUUGGAUACAGAACAUGGUGCUACCAUGAGUGUCCUAAAUACUUUGGAGUUAUUUUUAUAGCAUGUUUGUCUUAUCUUUGUGACAUUGUUAAUAUUUGUUGCUUCAACCUUCUAUCAUAGGUGUAUGAUAGAUUAUAGUUGAAAUUACUAAUGUGUUUUGGGAUAGUACUUGGAUUUUCUACCAAUAAUAUUUUAAC